AUGCGCACUUGUUCGGGAACCGCGCGUGCCUUUUACUUCGACGGCGCUGAGAGCGCCAGCCAGAGACACACAGCCCUCAGUGUUAUUAUCUGUCUUGCAGAGCAUGGCAUAACAGGGCCAGGACUGCCAUACCUUACCGAGGGGCUUUUGGAGAAGAUGGGUAUUUCGCCUCUGGGAUCACGCCUGCAGAUCCUCCACUGCCUUCAGAAGCUCUGGAAAAUCUCUAACGAACCCGUGAAGGUGUUCAACGACCCCAUCCACGGCCACAUCGAGCUGCACCCCCUGCUGGUCCAGUUCAUAGACACGCCUCAGUUCCAGAGGCUUCGCCACAUCAAACAGCUGGGAGGAACGUACCUGGUGUUCCCGGGGGCGUCCCACAACCGCUUCGAGCAUUCGGUCGGGGUGGGGUAUUUGGCGGGGUGUCUCGUCAAGGCUCUGAACGAAAGACAGCCAGAGCUCUUCAUAACGAAGCAGGACAUGCUGUGUGUGCAGAUCGCCGGCCUGUGCCAUGACCUGGGUCAUGGCCCAUUUUCUCAUUUGUUUGAUGGCAUGUUCAUCCCUAAAGUUCGACCUGGUCGGAAGUGGAAGCACGAGACCGCCUCAGUGCAGAUGUUCGACCACCUGGUGGAGGUCAACGAGCUCGAGGCGGUGAUGGUGCAUCAUGGGCUGAGACUUCCAGAGGACCUGGUCUUCAUCAAGGAGCAGAUCGCCGGGCCGCUGGAGACCUCAGUGCUGGACCGCUCGUGGCCGUAUAAGGGCCGGCCUCUGGAGAAGUCCUUCCUGUACGAGAUCGUCGCAAACAAACGAAAUGGCAUCGACGUGGAUAAGUGGGACUACUUUGCUAGGGAUUGUUACCACCUGGGGAUCCAGAAUAACUUCGACUAUCAGCGCUUCCUCAAGUUUGCACGGGUGUGUGAAGUGAGAGGAAAGAAGCACAUUUGCACAAGAGACAAGGAGGUUGGCAAUCUCUACGACAUGUUCCACACUCGUAACUGCCUCCAUCGCCGGGCGUAUCAGCACAAAGUGGGCAACAUCAUCGAGACCAUGAUAACCGAGGCCUUUGUAAAGGCGGACCCUCACAUCCAGAUCCAGGGCUCUUCUGGCAGGAUGUUCACGAUCUCGUCAGCUAUAGAAGACAUGGAGGCCUACAGCAAACUCACAGAUAAUAUCUUUGAACAGAUCCUGUACUCGUCUGCGCCGGAGCUGUCCGAGGCCCGAGCCAUCCUGCACAACAUCGUCUGUAGACGGCUGUACAAGUGUGUGGGUCAGACCACGUCGGAGACGCAUGUGGACGUGUCGCCGGAAAAGCUGCUUGACUGGGCGAAGGAAGUGGCCCGAUCCAAACCCAGCGGCACAGAUGGCAACCUCAUAGCGGAGGACUUUGUAGUUAGUGUCAUUCACAUGGAUUAUGGAAUGAAGGAGAAAAACCCCAUCAACAAUGUCCAUUUUUACUGCAAGAACGAUCCCAGUAAAGCCAUCAAGAUCCGCAAGAAACAGGUGUCCAAACUCCUGCCGGAGCAGUUCGCUGAGCAGCUGAUCAGGGUCUUCUGUAAGAAGACGGAUGACAAGAGCCUCGAAGCUGCUAAGAAGUACUUCGUCCAGUGGUGCAUGGACAGCAACUUCACUAAACCGCAGGACGGAGAUGUCAUCGCUCCAGAGCUCACGCCACUCAAGCGAGACUGGCACACGCUGGAGCAGGACGACAGUGACAGCGAGGUAGAUGAAGGCACGCGCCCGGGAAUUAGAGAUCAGACGCCCAAGAAGACGGGACGCAGUGUAAAAGUCAACCUUUUUCAAGCUCAGGGAGAAAGCAAGCUCUGAAGAACUGGCCUUG